AUGCAUGGCUUGGCAGGUAUUGGGGGUGUCUUUCGUAACCACUCAGGAGAUUGGCUCAUGGGAUUUGCGGGUUCCACAGCUGCACCAACUAUAACAGAACGCGAACUGAUGGGUUUACUAAGGGGCUUACAAAUGGCCAUACAUCUCAAGUUGCAUCCUCUAGAAAUUUAUGUUGACUCUUUGGAAGUCAUUAAUAUUUUAUAUGACACUAGCACUGACUGCUCACAUCUUAUUACCAAUUGUAGGUCCAUGCUACAUCAGCUAUAUGAUCCUCCGGUGAAGCACACGUACAUGGAACAAAAUAUAGUAGCAGACAGGCUAGCACAUUUUGGCUCUAACCUAACAGGGAGCAACAUCACCUUUUUUGCAAAACCUCCACCAUUCCUUUGGGAUGUUUUGACUGAAGACAGGAUGGGCAUGCAUCGACAGAGGCAACCAUUCAAUCUAUCAUCAACUUCCCACAAGGGAAAAAUGCUUUUGGACACCAACAAUCAAGAGGGAUAG